CUCGUCCGGCCUGGCAGCGAGGGAACUGGCCGCGCAGCCGGAGCUUGGCUCGGGGGCCCUGGGAGCUCACCGCUGGCAGCGGGAGCAGCCUCACUCCUUGCCCGCGCCCAGGCAGGGGAGGUGGGAACGCCGCGAGUCGUGGCGGGGGCGAUCGGUGCCUUUGCUUCCCAGGCGGGUUCGCCGCUCCACACCGCAGCUUCCUGAGCUCGGGAAGGGGAGGUGCGACGGAGGCGUGGGGUCUUCCCGGCUCUGGCCGGCCCCACCACUGUGGGAGGCUGAGCGCCGGCGGCAGGGAAGGCUUGGGGUUCGCGUCCCCGCGCUGCCCCCGAUGCCCAGCCUCUCCCGGAGCGGUGACAGUACGGAUUUGUGAAUCACGCCCUGGAGCUGCUGGUGAUCCGCAAUUACGGCCCCGAGGUGUGGGAAGAUAUCAAAAAAGAGGCACAGUUAGAUGAAGAAGGACAGUUUCUUGUCAGAAUAAUAUAUGAUGACUCCAAAACUUAUGAUUUGGUUGCUGCUGCAAGCAAAGUCCUCAAUCUCAAUGCUGGAGAAAUCCUCCAAAUGUUUGGGAAGAUGUUUUUCGUCUUUUGCCAAGAAUCUGGUUAUGAUACAAUCUUGCGUGUCCUGGGCUCUAAUGUCAGAGAAUUUCUACAGAACCUUGAUGCUCUGCACGACCACCUUGCUACUAUCUACCCAGGAAUGCGUGCACCUUCCUUUAGGUGCACUGAUGCAGAAAAGGGCAAAGGACUCAUUCUGCACUACUACUCAGAGAGAGAAGGACUUCAGGAUAUUGUCAUUGGAAUCAUCAAAACAGUGGCUCAACAAAUCCAUGGCACUGAAAUAGACAUGAAGGUUAUUCAGCAAAGAAAUGAAGAAUGUGAUCAUACUCAAUUUUUAAUUGAAGAAAAAGAGUCAAAAGAAGAGGAUUUUUAUGAAGAUCUUGACAGAUUUGAAGAAAAUGGUACCCAGGAAUCACGCAUCAGCCCAUAUACAUUCUGCAAAGCUUUUCCUUUUCAUAUAAUAUUUGACCGGGACCUAGUGGUCACUCAGUGUGGCAAUGCUAUAUACAGAGUUCUCCCCCAGCUCCAGCCUGGGAAUUGCAGCCUUCUCUCUGUCUUCUCGCUGGUUCGUCCUCAUAUUGAUAUUAGUUUCCAUGGGAUCCUUUCGCACAUCAAUACGGUUUUUGUAUUGAGAAGCAAGGAAGGAUUGUUGGAUGUGGAGAAAUUAGAGUGUGAGGAUGAACUGACUGGGACUGAGAUCAGCUGCUUACGUCUCAAGGGUCAAAUGAUCUACUUACCUGAAGCAGAUAGCAUACUUUUUCUGUGUUCACCAAGUGUCAUGAACCUGGACGAUUUGACAAGGAGAGGGCUGUAUCUAAGUGACAUCCCUCUGCAUGAUGCCACGCGCGAUCUCGUUCUUUUGGGAGAACAAUUUAGAGAGGAAUACAAACUCACCCAAGAACUGGAAAUCCUCACUGACAGGCUACAGCUCACGUUAAGAGCCCUGGAAGAUGAAAAGAAAAAGACAGACACAUUGCUGUAUUCUGUCCUUCCUCCAUCUGUUGCCAAUGAGCUGCGGCACAAGCGUCCAGUGCCUGCCAAAAGAUAUGACAAUGUGACCAUCCUUUUCAGUGGUAUUGUGGGCUUCAAUGCUUUCUGUAGCAAGCAUGCAUCUGGAGAAGGGGCCAUGAAGAUCGUAAACCUUCUCAACGACCUCUACACCAGAUUUGACACACUGACUGAUUCCCGGAAAAACCCAUUUGUUUAUAAGGUGGAGACUGUUGGUGACAAGUAUAUGACAGUGAGUGGUUUACCAGAGCCAUGCAUUCACCAUGCACGAUCCAUCUGCCACCUGGCCUUGGACAUGAUGGAAAUUGCUGGCCAGGUUCAAGUAGAUGGGGAAUCUGUUCAGAUAACAAUAGGGAUACACACUGGAGAGGUAGUUACAGGUGUCAUAGGACAGCGGAUGCCUCGAUACUGUCUUUUUGGAAAUACUGUCAACCUCACAAGCCGAACAGAAACCACAGGAGAAAAGGGAAAAAUAAAUGUGUCUGAAUAUACAUACAGAUGUCUUAUGUCUCCAGAAAAUUCAGAUCCACAAUUCCAUUUGGAGCACCGAGGCCCAGUGUCCAUGAAGGGCAAAAAAGAACCAAUGCAAGUUUGGUUUCUAUCCAGAAAAAAUACAGGAACAGAGGAAACAAAGCAGGAUGACGACUGAAUCUUGGAUUAUGGGGUGAAGAGGAGCGCAGACUAGGUUCCAGUUUUCUCCUAACACAUGCCAAGCCCAGGAGCAGUCCUUCCCUAUGGAUACAGAUUUUCUUUCAUCCUUGUCAAUUGCCCCAAGCCUUUCUUCUAGGUAUAUCUCUCACUAUCCAGUAUUCAACUUUAGCUCUGCUUUUUAUUAUUUUUUUUAGGCUUUAAUAUAUUAUCUAAAGUUUGACUUUUGAUGUGGAUGAUGUGAGCUUCAUGUGUCUUAAAAUCUACUACAAGCAUUACCUAGCAUGGUGAUCUGCAAGUAGUGGGCACCCAAUGAAUAUUUGUUGAAUUUAGUUAAAUGAAACUGAACAGUAUUUGACCAUGUGUAUAUUUAUAUCAUGGUGUACCAAAUCUGUUUAGUGCUCCAUAUAUGUGUAUAUGUAUAUUUUAAUGACUAUAAUAUGUAAUAAAGUUUAUAUCAUGUUGGUGUAUAUCAUUAUAGAAAUCAUUUUCUAAAGGAGUGAAUUCUAAGUUUUAGGGGAAAAAUGCAAUUUAUUUUCAGACUCCCAAAGUAAGAAUUAAUAUAUCAUGCUAAGAAAAUAGUGACUAUUUUGAGGUAUGCUACUUUCCUUUUGGAAAUAUAGAAUACCCGUUUCUGUUAUUAAAGUAUUUGGUUACUAAUUCAAAUCACGUGGCAAUUAUAAUUCUUCUAAAAUGCUAUCAUUUGUAACUAUAUCCCCUGUACUAAAUCUCAUUAACCACAGGCGGCUGUUACAGAAAGCUGCAUUGUUUCACAUUGAGCUGUUACAUUAGUUCAGGCUAAAUGUUGGGAGCUCCAACCACAUACAAGAAUAAAUCUGGAAACACACUGCUGGGAUACUGCUGUUAGAGCCCUUCUUGGUUUUGUAUUCCCAGAAAUGAGUUCCCUUUCCUUAGCUUAGAAGAAUGUGAUUAUAUACAGGACAUCAUGUUCAGAAAAUUUUAGUUUAAUUUCAGCAUAGAAUGCAUUACUAUUGGAAUAAUUGGCCUCUAGUUCUUAAAUGUCUCUGAUAACUUAUUAAUAUCUAUCUUUAUAAAAUAGAGUGCAACUACUUUUGUGUAAAAAUGUUUGCCUUUAAAUUUAGUAUUUCAUAUCAGCACCUCGAUAUAUGUAUAAAUGUUCCAUGUUAAUGUGUAAAAGAAUCUGUAAUAAAUUAUUUUUUUCACUUGUCUCUAUACACUUUUUAUUUCAAUAAAAAUGAUAUUACCAUU